CCGAUAGGGUUGGCUCCAGCGGAUCAGUGAGGGCUACGGGCGGGCGUCCGGUCCUGUGUCGGGCCGGCCACAUGGUUGCUAGCUUCCUGAGUUCUGCUUCAGGCGGCCUGCCACGGCCAUGACUGACACCCUUGCCGGGUCAGCGUUCGUCUGCCCCAGCUGUUGCCAAGGUCUUAGGUCCUUGCGGUUAAGCACCGAGGACAUACCGAGCCUUAGGCAUAGAGAGAACUUGGCUUCGGGUGCAGCCUCGUGGAACUUAGGAGGCCCAUGAACACGGGGUAGAGAAGAGGCAUGUGAUGCCGACUGGCUCAGAGUGUAACAGGGCGACGUACUGAUUUGAAUAAGAUGGUUUGGGCAAUUUUCUUGGGAAAGGGUCGUUGAAGGGUAGGGCCGUUCUUUUUCUAAUACGUGAGCGCUCCUAGCAUCAUAGUUUUCUAGAAUAAAAGGCUGCCUCGCAGCACAAGAACUUGUUGAAGCUAAUCUUGGGGUGCCACACCCCAGAGGUGCUUCUGAAACGUCCCUGUCACUCAGGGUUAACUGGGUCCUACCUCAGGCGGAUCUUCUUGGAUGAAGCGAAGGAUGGAUGUGACAGGACUACCAGGUGCCCCCUGAGCCAAUCCCAUGGGGCAGCAGAGUCGAGAGGAAGAAGCCCUCAAAGGGACAAGGAGUCCCCUCCCAGGCUCUGUGGUGGCUAGUUCAGCACGAGCCUCCCCUUGGACUGCUGGAGACUUCAGUAAACAGUUGGAGAGUUGGCAGAGGGAGCCACUUACACUUUCUUAACCUGGGAUGUGUGCUCUGCAUGACUUUCUGUCCUCUCAGGAGGAAGCUGGUACAGGGCUAGUCCCUCCAGGCUCAGCUUUUGGAUAGCUGAGGCUCCGGGGGUUACUACAGAUGAAGCGGAGGUGCUUGAGAGGGUUUGGGUUUGGUGGUCAGAAAGAGUGGUUCCUGGGGGCUGACGGAAGGAGAUAAUGGCAUUGAGCAUUUCUGUGCCAGAGAUCUCAGAUGGUAUGUGCUUGUUGAAGGUUGGAGUCAUUGAGACAUUUGUGUGGAAUACAGGUAAUGGAACAUGCCUUGGUCUGUAGCUCCACUCAUAACACAAACUCAGCGGAUUUGGGUGGUUAGACCAAUCAGAGCCUUCAUUUUCCUUUCUGGGUCUAAGAUGUCCCACAUCCAUCUCCCGCUUAAGUGUGAGGUUUGGCACAGGUGUGUUAGCAAGUGGAAAGGAAGAGCUGAGAAAGGAAGAGCUGUCUAGCAAGCCCCAAGACCUGUGUGUCAAGUCAGGGUACCACGGGUUAAAACAGAAUUAGAACUAACAAACAAUGGCAUUUGGGACAAGGAGAUUGGGGCUGCCUGGGCUUCGGCUGGGCGUUAGCUUCUGGGUCUCAAGAUGGGCAAACAGCACAGGCCAGUGUUUCUAAGUAGGACUGGGAUAUCCCAGGGGCAGAGUGGGAACUUGGAGAUGUAGAAUUUAACCCAUGAAAAAAGACCCAAGGCAUCAUCACUCCUGUGCCUAGCAAUGUGGCUACCCCACUGUUGGGACUAAAAAGCUAACCUUUGCUCCUGAGCCCUCCACAUUCCAAGGGCUACCAGCUGCUCCUUUGGACACUUGACACAGAAAGUCUUGAUGGGCAGCCCUGGUUCACAGACUCGGGCUAGGUGAGCCCAGAGGGUGUUGCUAUUGGGGUAAAGGGGUAUGAGUUAGGCUUGCUGGCAGACCCCAUUCCCUACUCACCUUCCUCAUGAGGACAGGUAGUAUCGGGAGCCCAACAGUGAUAUGACUGAUGGAGUGACAUGCUAUUUCGGAGUGUCCAGAGGACAGAAGAUACGGGGCUGAGGGCUCAGAAAGCCAGCUCCUAGGGAGAUUUUCCCUAUCGCUCCCAGCACGCGGAACCCUUCAGAUGUGUGCUACUGUGGUGGGGCACCGCCGUGACAUACCAGUUCUCAGCUUCUCAGGGUCCAGCCCCCAAGCCAGAAGUGUCCUUGGCGGGAGCCGCUGCCUGGUCUAAACGAGUAGAAGCUAUGAGAGUCAUAACACCCGUUCUCUUUGCAGAGCAGAUGGAGGUUGGCCCUCGGAGGCUGCAGCUGGCCAGUAAGCUCUUUUGGCAAAUUCCUUGUGAGUGGGGUUAGGGCUGGGUGCCUAGCUGUUGAACAUAUCUCAGGACCUAGGACCUAUCGGGCCUGUCUGCCACUCGGCCUUCUUCCAGGGCCCUCCAGAGCUCAGGCAUAGUCUCUCUCUCACGCAAAGGGUCUUGACAGCUCACCUCUGGUGGCCAGUCUUGCAUUCUAGACUUCAGCCUAUAUCUGAGAGCAGGGCAAGGACUGCUUAGGCCAUUUCUUUCUAGGUCCUUUGAUGUGUCUGAGCCUGCAUCUCCGGAAGUUGGCUUUCCUUUCUGGUACUUCAAUCUCUUUGGCAUGUGUUUCUGUUCUUGUCCAGAUAAAACCUCAAGAGAAAGAAAGGGCAACCCUGUUGUAGGGAUGUGGGUAUUGGCAAACCCGUGCUUGUGGGGGUUUGAGAAAUUCACUGCUACAUGUUUCCAGACUAUUUUUCCUGGACAACUGCAGGUUUGCAUAUGAGUGUCCUCCAGGGAAGCGAUGGCGUUCAGGUAUGCCCAGUCUGGGCGCAAACUGGCUAACGUCCUCAGCCGAUCGUACACCUGUUGGGAAAGCAGGUUGGGGAAGACCUUGUCCCUUGGGAGCCUUUGCUGUUUGUGCUGAGGUCUUGGCUUGGCAUCCCAAUCCAGAGGUGGCACCGUUUCAGUAAGAGGUCCAGUACCAGUGUGCACACUGGACCUUGGUGGCACCAGAGCCCACAGCUUGGAGCUAUCUGGACCUGGACCACUUGGUCCCUUGGAGAUAGGGCAGUGGGGGGGAGUGUCCUUAUCUUCCAAAGCCUUGCCAGUGAAGGGAAGACGCUGGUCUUCUUCCACAGCUAAGGGGUCAUCUGUAGGUGCUAGCUCACCUUGAUGCAGGCUGUAGGCUCAGAAAAGGACAGGAGUGGGAGCAGGCAGCUUCCAUGGUGGUUUCUGCUUGUCUCCUAGAUAGUAGGAAUCCUAAGAGCUACAUAUCAGGGGCUAACGGAAGAGUGCUGCCCCUCAAAGAUGAGGACCAGGCAGCCACCUGGGAUUUGGUGGUGCAUCUCAUUUUAUCCUCUUCUGCCAUUCCACCUUGACAAGCAGCUUCUGAAAGGCCAGCCAGGCUGCCCAAGCUGCUGUCUGCCGUGGGUGGCCUUGCCCACUCCUCUAACCUUGCUGCUUUUCCUUCAUGCUGUCCUAGGAGGCCAAAGCAAAAUGAGGAGCGGGAAGGCCUCUUGUGCGCUGGAGACCGUCUGGGAGGACAAGCACAAGUAUGAGGAAGCUGAGCGGCGCUUCCAUGAGCAUGAGGCCACGCGAGCCGCCGCCGCCGCCUCUGUCCAACAGCUCCUGGCCAAGGUGCCAGCUGUGAACGGGCCCAGCCAGGAGGACAUAGAGGACACCGACGAGGCAGAGGCCCCCAACACCAGCAGCAGGAGUGAUCCCAGGAAGAGCCAUGAGUGCAAGAAGCCCCUACAGAAAAAGAGGAAGCGAUCCCCCAAGAGUUGGCUUGGCCAGGCGGACCUGGCCCUCGUGGGCCUCUCAGCUGACCACGUAUGGCUGGACAAGCCCCUCUUCGACCAGGCAGAAAGCUCCUACCGCCAGAGGCUGGCAGAUGUGGCCGCCCAGGCAGCCCAGCCGCCUGCUCUGGCCGCUCGGGGCCCCUGUACGCAUGGAAGCCAUGUGGCCUGCCACCAUGUGAUCUGGGGGGUCUGGGUCAACAAGUCUUGCUUUGAUCAGGCUGAGCGGGCUUUUGUGGAGUGGUCUCAGGCCUUGCUGCUGGCUGUAGAAGGGAGCCACAGGCAGGGGACUCCUGACACGGGCCAGCCGGCUGUCUCUCCUGAUCUGGCCUUGGCCUGCCAGCCUUGCCUACCAGCUAACGGCCAGCCUCCUCUGGGCAGCCUGCAGGCCCUGGUGCGGGAGGUGUGGCUGGAGAAGCCCCGGUACGAUGCAGCGGAAAGGGGCUUCUAUGAGGCCCUGUUUGAUGGCCACCCCCCAGGGAAAGUGCGCCUGCAAGAGCGAGCCAGUCAGGCAGAGGGUGCCCGGAGGGGCCGCAGAGACCGUCGGAUUCGCAAUGCUGUAGGAAACAAGCGAGCUGGGUCAAAACGGGCUGAUGGGGAGGCCCCCUCUGCUCUGCCCUACUGGUACUUCCUACACAAGGACGCAGAGCCCCCCUGGCUCAGCAAGCCUACCUACGACAGUGCCGAGUGCCGCCACCAUGCUGCCGAGGCCCUGCGCAUAGCCUGGCGCCUAGAAGCUGCCUCCUUGGCUCACCGACCCACACCCCGUUCUGGCCCAUCCAUGUCCAGCCUGAGACCCAACAGAAAAAUGGCUACAAACUUUCUAGUGCACGAGAAGAUCUGGUUUGACAAGUUCAAAUACGAUGAUGCGGAAAGGAAAUUCUACGAGCAGAUGAAUGGGCCCGUGACUGCUGGCUCCCGCCAGGAGAAUGGUGCCAGCGUGAUCCUCCGUGACAUUGCAAGAGCCAGAGAGAACAUCCAGAAAUCCCUGGCCGGACUCAAGGUGAUGCUGCCCAACUCCCCUGAGGCCCUGGGCCAGGCCACCUCUGGGACUAGCUCAGGCCCUGGGGCCUCCAGUGGACCUGGUGGAGAUCAUAGUGAGCUCGUUGUACGGAUUGCCAGUCUGGAAGUGGAGAACCAGAACCUUCGAGGCGUGGUACAAGAUCUACAGCAGGCCAUUUCCAAGUUGGAGGCCCGGCUGAGCACUCUGGAGAAGAAUUCACCUGCUCACCGAGCCACAGCCCCACAGACCCAACAUGUGUCUCCUAUGCGUCAAGUGGAGCCUCCAACCAAGAAGGCAGCCACCCCAGCAGAGGACGAUGAGGACAAUGACAUUGACCUGUUUGGCAGUGAUGAGGAGGAAGAAGAUAAGGAGGCAGCCCGACUACGGGAGGAGAGGCUUCGGCAGUACGCAGAGAAGAAAGCCAAGAAGCCCUCCCUGGUGGCCAAAUCCUCCAUCCUCUUAGACGUCAAGCCUUGGGAUGAUGAAACAGACAUGGCCCAGUUGGAGGCUUGUGUGCGUUCCAUCCAGUUGGAUGGGCUGGUCUGGGGGGGCUCCAAGCUCGUGCCUGUUGGCUAUGGCAUCCGGAAGUUGCAGAUCCAGUGCGUGGUGGAAGAUGACAAAGUGGGCACCGACCUGCUAGAAGAGGAGAUCACCAAGUUUGAGGAGCAUGUGCAGAGUGUCGACAUCGCAGCUUUCAACAAGAUCUGAAAGUCCAAGAGUGUGGUUCGUGUGUGUGAGCACCUGUUGAGAUUAAAGGCUGAGACUCCGCA